AUGGACUCUAGAACUGUCGGUAUUUUGGGUGGAGGCCAGUUGGGCCGUAUGAUUGUCGAGGCUGCAAACCGCUUGAAUAUCAAGACUUUGAUACUUGACGCACCAAAUUCACCUGCGAAGCAAAUUACGAAUGCAUCUGAUCAUGUCGAUGGAUCAUUUGCAAAUAAGGAGGAUAUCGAGGCCUUGGCUGCCAAGUGUGAUGUUAUGACAGUUGAAAUCGAGCAUGUGGAUGUUAAUGCAUUGAAGGAAGUCCAAAAACAAUUCCCCAAAUUGGAAAUCUACCCUACGCCUGAAACCAUUGGUUUGAUCCAGGAUAAGUAUGUGCAAAAACAACAUUUAGUUAAGAAUAGAAUUCCCGUAGUACCGAGCAUCACUGUUGAAAAUUCGAAGGAAUCCUUAAUUAAAACAGGAUCCUCAUUGGGUUACCCAUUUGUCUUGAAAUCAAGAACAUUAGCCUACGAUGGAAGAGGCAACUUUGUUGUUAAAUCUGAAGAAGACAUUGAGAAAGGACUUGAAUUUUUGGCGAACAGACCACUAUACGCUGAAAAAUGGGCUUCCUUUAAGAAGGAAUUAUCUGUAAUGAUUAUCAGAUCAUUGGAUGGAAGAGUAUAUUCAUACCCUAUUGUUGAAACAAUUCACAAAAACAAUGUGUGCCACUUGUGCUAUGUUCCGGCUCGUGUACCAGACUCAGUACAACACAAGGCCAAAUUAAUGGCGGAAAAUGCAAUCAAGUCAUUCCCAGGUUGUGGUAUAUUUGGUGUAGAAAUGUUUUUGUUGGAUGAUGACUCUAUCGUCUUGAAUGAAAUUGCACCCAGACCUCAUAACUCAGGUCAUUACACCAUUAAUGCUUGUGUUGUAUCUCAAUUUGAAGCACACUUGAGAGCCAUAUUAGAUUUACCCAUGCCCAAGAACUUUACUUCCUUAAGUACUAACUCUACAAAUGCUAUAAUGCUAAACCUAUUAGGAGAUCCUGAAACUAAAGACAAGGAACUUCAAAUAUGUGAGAGGGCCUUGAAUACGCCUGGCGCAUCUGUAUACCUAUACGGCAAAGAGUCCAAGCCUAACAGAAAGGUCGGUCAUAUCAAUAUUGUAUGUUCGAGUAUGAAGGAAUGUGACAAGAGAUUACAGUUUAUUAUGGGUCUAAAAACCGACCCAAUUAAGCAUUCAGUUAUGGAAAUUUUAAAUGCGGAGGAAGUAAGAAAACCUUUAGUUGGUGUUAUAAUGGGAUCCGAUUCUGAUUUACCCGUAAUGUCAGCAGCUUGUAAAAUGUUGGAGCAAUUCGAGGUCCCAUUUGAGGUCACUAUAGUCUCAGCACACAGAACUCCUUACAGAAUGAAUAAAUAUGCUUCAGAAGCAGUAUCCCGUGGUAUUAAAGUUAUCAUUGCAGGUGCGGGUGGAGCAGCACAUCUUCCAGGUAUGGUAGCAGCUAUGACACCUGUACCAGUUAUUGGAGUACCUGUCAAGGGCUCUACUUUAGAUGGUGUAGACUCACUACAUUCUAUUGUUCAAAUGCCAAGAGGUGUACCAGUAGCCACAGUAGCCAUAAAUAACAGCACUAACGCAGGUAUUCUGGCUGUUAGGAUGUUAGGAAUACAUAAUUAUGACUAUGUUAAGAAAAUGGAGGAAUUUUUGAACAAACAGGAAGAGGAAGUACUUCAGAAAGCAGCCAAACUCGAAAGCAUUGGAUAUGAAAAGUACCUAGAGUCCAAAUAG